AUGGUGGUAUCUGCGUCUGGCCCGAGUGCUGCAUCUAGAGUGUUGGGUAUGUGGAAGUUUCUAUGUUCAUCUGCGUAUUGUAGCCAUUCAGUGAUUACAUGGUUGACUGAGAGUUCAGUUCCACAAGAAACGCACUGUGGUUUUUCUCCUUUGUUCGUGAGGUAUAAAUGUAAAAAUCUUGACAAAGCUGGAGAUUUAUUGGAAGAAGCAGGCCAAUGUAGCAAUGGUACCAGUCUAAAAGAUCUGGCCAAAUCUCUGAAGCAGCAUCUGAGAGGUUUUAGUGAUCGACUUGAAGAGACUCGUGAAAGACUCGAAGACACAUCACGCUGUUUUUACUUACUCGAUAAAGUUUACGAUUGGGCUUUGGAAUGUAUGAAGUACAUAUCCGAAAAGCACGUCACACGUAACGUUAAAGAACUGCGAAGAUACUUAAAUGGCACAUCCGUCUCCUACUGCUCAACACUUCUCGGAGAUGAUGAUGUUGGCAAACAAGUUCAACAAUGAUAAACUAAUCAAACAGUG